AUGUCAGCAACAUUGAACCAGAGGAGGACAAAAAAGGCAAUAAGUGUUGAUGAUGUAGUUUCUAAGGAAAGAGGUAAGGGUCCAAUUAUUAAGCAGGAAAUAAGACCAAAUCCAAAACCACCCCCACCUUUUCCUCAACGACUGAAGCAGAAAAGGGAGAAAGGAAAAUUCAAGCGAUUAAUUGAGAUGUUGAAAGAGUUGAUCUUGCAUAUUCCUCUUCUUGAGGAAUUGGAGAAGAUGCCUAGAUAUUCUAGGUUUAUGAAGCAAUUAGUUACAAAGAAGAAAGGAUCUACUAUUGAGGAUAUUGAUGGGUUUCACCACUGUAGUGUAGUCACUACUAGGUCUCUGGUCCAGAAAAAGGGUGAUCUUGGAGCAUUCACUAUACUAUGCACUAUUGGGUCAUCCCGAUUUACUAAAGCCUUAUGUGACCUAGGAGCCAGCAUAAAUUUGAUGUCGCUAGCUAUAUUCAAGCAAUUGGGCUUGAGCCCUCCUGAACCGACUGCAGUGCGAUUGUUGAUGGCUGAACGUACAGUGAAGAAACCUGUGGGAAUUUUAUUUGAUAUGGCUAUGAGAGUUGAUAGCUUUAUAUUUUUGGAUGACUUUGUCAUUCUGGACUGGGAGAAUGAUAUCGAGAUGCCCAUCAUAUUUGGGAGACCAUUUAUGGCCACAGGUAUAGUAAUGAUUGGCAUGGAAAGGGGAGAGCUGAACUUUAAAGUCAACGAUGAGGAGGUCACAUUCAACAUCCAUAAAUCGAUGAAGCAGCCAACCGACAUGAGGGUAGUGUCAUGA